CAUGCACGAAUAUUUCGAGUGCUCGACGAUCAGUAUCGUAUGAACGUUUGAACUGAACACACAUUUUAAACAUUUUAAAUAAAAUCAUGGAUCGCUGGGUUGGUAAAGUAGCAAUUGUGACGGGCGCUAGUUCUGGAAUUGGUGAAGCCAUCGCUAAUAGUCUAACCAAAGCUGGAAUGCUGGUUGUAGGUUUGGCACGUCGUGUUGAACGUAUCCAAAGUCUCUCUGAAAAACUAUCAAAAGAUGGUGCUAAAGGUAAACUUCACGCAGUGAAGUGUGACAUGCGUGUUGAAAGUGACAUCUUAAAAGCAUUUGAAUGGACCACAAAUAACGUUGGAAACGUCCAUGUUCUUGUGAACAACGCGGGAGUAGUUUCCAAGUCAAAUCUCUCCGAAGGUGAGACGGAAGACUGGCGUAUGAUCUUGGAAACCAACAUUCUUGGUCUUUGCAUUGCCACCCGAGAAGCCUGCAAGAUAAUGAAAGCAAACAAAAUUGAAGGACAUAUCAUUCACAUCAAUAGUAUUGCUGGUCAAUCGCACAUCUUCUUUCCUACUGUUGGAGUAUACGGAGCAUCUAAACAUGCAGUUACUAACAUUACAGAAAUAUUCCGGCAAGAAAUGGUUGCGCAGAAAACAAAUAUUAAAGUUACCAGCAUCAGUCCAGGACCAGUCAAAACCGAAAUAUUUGAAAUGGAUUAUUUGAGUGAGGAAAUGAAGAAGAUGUUUGCCAAUAUGCCAAUGUUAGAGAGCUCCGAUCUUGCUGAAGCAGUUCUCUACGUUUUAGGUGUACCACAUCGUGUACAAAUUAAUGAGAUUACAAUGCGUCCACUUAAUUGCGACCAUUAAAAUUGUAUAAUAAUUAAUAAUGUGUUAUUGAAUAGAUUUAUUGAUUGAUAAAAUGUUUUGAUAACAAUAAAGCUAAAAGUUGUAUAAACAA